AUGGGGUCCAAUGCCGAUGGCUCCUCCACGAUUUCCGCCCUCUCCGAUUCUUCCAAUCGCCCAGGCAUCGCGGCCUUGUGGCAGCUCGUCGCGGCCCAACGCCCUCCUUACAUCUCCGUCGCAAACUACUUCUCCUCCCUCUACCGCAAUGACUCAGUGAACUGGGGCCAGGUCGUGUUUCUGACUACCUGCGUGAUCACCAUGGCCGCCUGCGGUCUCAUCUCCUCAUUUGUUCGACGCAGAUGGUCGCUGAAGACUCGAUCGUCCAAGGCGCGCAACGCUUCCUCCACCAAGUCGACCAAAUCUACCAAGACUCUUACCUCGUCCGAUGACGACUACGAAGACGACGAUUACGAUAGCAAUGGCUCGCUGCGACAUGGCACUGACCCUAACCACACCAAGGCCACGGAGUGGUCGGUGGAACCUCAGCAGCAAGGCUCGGACGGUAAGAGAAUUUCAAUCCAGGCGCAAGCUGUCGCAACACCCUUUCUAACCCCCACCAAAGCUGUCAAAACAGAUCCUGGUCUUUUGAAGAAGUUUACCUCCUUCGCCUCAUACACUACCUCCGUGGCGACCUAUCCUGCUAUUCGGACCUUCUACUCCCCGCAUCCUCACCUAAGCCGCCUCCCGACAAAGCCUUCACCCGUUCCGCUACUGGUUGUCGUGCACGGUCUUGGCGGAUCUCUCGCGCAAUUCCACCAUCUGCUCACCAGUCUGUCCAACAUUGGGACCUGUCUUGGUAUUGAUUUGCCCGGUUGUGGCUUGUCCAAAUUUGCGCCCACCGAAUGGGAGGCUUACACCGUUGAGGCACUGGCUGAACUUCUCGUCGUGGCUAUCGAGCGACACCGGGAUCGCGAAGCUGGACAGGAUGUGGUUUUGAUCGGUCACAGCUUGGGCUGCUCUCUAUCGGCUCUGAUAGCUUCUUCUGCGUCAUCCGUUGGGAACAGUUUGAAAGAGCAUAUAAUUGGUCUUGUCGCGGUGUGUCCCCGGGCAACGCCCCCUUCAGCUGAUGAUGUCGCAUCUUUCCGUCGUCUGCUGCAUAUCCCUGGUCCGAUCUUCGACCUGUGGCGUCUUUGGGACCGCCGUGGUGGCACGCAGAGUGCCAGCGUGAUGAGAAUGGUUGGUAACGAUGCUGAUCUGGAGACUCGAGAUCUCCAAGUGCGCUUCAAUAAGCAGAGUCGUACGCCGGUCUGGCGUCGCAUGGCAUGGGGUACACUCCCUUCUUACGAGACCGGGGGAGCUGUUGGAGGUAUGCCGGGGGAGAAAAUUUGGGCUGGUGUCCGUAUGCCCGUCCUGUUAAUUGCAGGUGAGGCCGACGCAGUGACCAAGCCUGCUGAGGUACAGAAGCUUCUGCAUAUUUUUGGCGACACUUCGGCUCAUACCGCAAUCGACACAACUGGCAGCAGCAUUAUCCCCGAUGCUUCGCGUGUCCAUGAUCAGAUGACCGCUCCGAUAAACGGCCGUGCCCAUGAAGAAGUCUAUGGUCUUCAGACCACCGAGACGGAAAAGCCGCUGGAACAAGGUAAUGGACAGUUGAAGCGAGUGGUUAAGUCUGCCAUCCUGCCAGCGCCGGCUUCCCACGCCCUCCUCUACGACCGAGCAACCUACCGCACGCUUGCCGGAAUUAUCCAAGACUUCCUCUCGUCAAACAUCGACAAGCGGCUGGGUCUGGGAUGGCAACUCCAACACAUGAACACAUCCGGCAAAUGGGACGUGAAGAAUCUGGCUAAAUGGCAGAAGGUAGCCCCCGUCUCCAAGCCGAUCGCCGGCACCCUUGCCGCAUUGAAGAUGCUCCGUGAGGUCGACGAAGAACAUAACCCCGUUCGGUUCUCCGCGCAAUACAAAGGCAGCAUCUACGCUGUGAUCGACAUCAGUCACGAGAGCCCAGUCUACAACCCCGAGACGCUGGAAGCAGGCGGCAUCCACUACCGCAAACAACCAACCGUCUCCAAGAUCCCUCCGACUCCCGACGAGACUCGCGACUUCAUCGCUCUGGUCGACGGUCUCCGCGAAGAGAUCCAUCAACUAGAAGCCACUCGCGAAGACGAGAAGAACGAGCAUGCAACCCGCCCGCUCGUCGGUGUCCAUUGUCACUAUGGGUACAACCGCACAGGCUUCUUGAUCGUCUGCUACCUCAUCGAGCGACUCGGAUAUGGUGUUCAGGAUGCGAUUGACGAGUUCAACCGGUGCCGACCACCGGGUAUUCGACAUGGUCACUUCAUUGAUACUCUCUUCGUGAGGUAUUGUGUGGGGCUGAAGCGGGCUCCUACUCUGUAG